GAUGUGCGCGACGUGUAGUCCUCGUUGCAUCUCUAUCUCGCACUUAAGUCAGAGUGAGUGUGACGUGCACUACCAGACAGUAAAUUCAUGACAACAACGAGAUUCAAAACGUGUUAUUCUUGUUCGGUGUUGCAUCGAGUGUUUUACGCCGGACUGCCAGUUCUGCGGUUAGUUUUUAGAUUACCAAAGUAACAGAUAAGACGUAGCAACAAAGGUUUUCGGUAAAUAAAUAUAGACACAAUGGAGGAAAUGUACGAUGAACUCCUUAUCGAGCUGGAAUGUCCGAUCUGCACCAACUACAUGUCCCCGCCAAUAAGACAAUGCGUCAUUGGACACAGCGUUUGCGAGGCGUGCCGAAAGAAACUGAAACAAUGUGCUUUGUGCCAGGGAAAAUUCACGAACGCUAGAAACAUAUCGUUGGAAAGCUUGGCGCAGAAAAUGCUGUACCCGUGCAUUUACAAAGGAUCCGGAUGCAUCACAAGGUUAUUGCACAACGAGAGGGAGGCGCACGAGUUAAGGUGCAGUUUCAAGGGCUUCCAGUGUGCCAUGGAUAAAUGUAAUUGGUCCGGAAAGCUUGAGGAUCUGUGCCAGCACUGGGCAUCCAAGAAAAUAACAAGCAAACCGUACACAUCCUGCAACGUGUGCCACACCAAAAUGAAGAACGAAUCAUUUUACGUGAACAUGGCUUACGCGUACGAAAAACUGUUUUGGUUCAAAUGUAAACUUAUCAACAAGAAACUUUAUUGGGCUGUGCAAUUCAUAGGCAACUCGCAGGAGGCGGAGGAGUUCUUUUACGAAAUAGAGAUGUUUAAGUCUGAACGAACGAAACGAAAAAUACUUUUAAGCGACUACUGUCAAUCUAUAGACUUAGAUAACGCUAGUUUACUUAAAGAGGGUAAUUGUAUUGUUAUAAACGUAGAAACAAUAGAGCAUUUGCUAAAUGAUGAUCAGACUCUUGUGUAUUACAUGCGAAUACAUCCUGUUAAAAAGGCGGCUGCCAAUUUGGUGUCGUCACCCAUGGCUUUAUUGUCCACCACCACCACAUCGUAUAAGCCGAGGAAUCGGUCGAAAGGGCCGAUUCCGAAUAAAAAUCAAAAAGGCAAAAAGAAUAAAGCCGAAUAUUCUUACUAACAUGAUCACCACAUUUAAUUAGAAUUAUAUCCUUGUUUUAUUUAUCCCGUUCAAAUUUUAUAAGGACCGGUAAAGUUUGAACCGCGUACUGGACGAAUUCGUUAAUAUUAGGUUGUUUAUGAAUAUGUUUUAUGGUAAAGAAAUAUUUUUUAUUUUUAUUUUUCCAUGCUGCCUGGUUAAGCAGAUUUGACAAGAAUGGUUUAUUUUGUACAACAAAAUAUAAAUUGGCAUUCUGUAUCUACCAAUUUAUAGCGGAUAAAAAUUAAUUUCGCUCUAAUUACUUAAUUUAUAUUCAUAUAAUCUAUAAGUAUAUUCAGGGUUAAAUAGGUGUUAUAUAUUUAUUACUGAAUUUUUAUUUUAUUUUUUUUAUUUUUGGUCCACAAAAUGGAAUUUUAUGUAUAUUGUUUUAAAAAACAAAAGUGAA